GGAGUUGAUGGAGCCCACUGAGCUGGAGGCAUCAUGGAUGCCGUGGACUACAGAGACCACCUGAGAGCUUCAGCAGGAAGGAUGAAGUGGUGGAAGGAGGAAGACGAGGAGUAUGGAGAGCUGGUGGAGGUGCUGCUCCAAGGCAAAGCACCCUGGGGCUUCACCCUGAGGGGGGGCACCGAGCACAGAGAGCCUCUGGUCAUCACCAAGGUGGAGGAGGGCAGUGUGGCAGCAGCGGUCCAUCUGCAGACCGGCGACGAGAUGGUGAGCGUGAACGCCGUUCGCCUCAGCGGCUCCCGCCAGGAGGCCAUCAGCCUGGUGAAGAGCUCCCACAAGACCCUGACCCUGAUGGUCCGAAGGCCUAAAAUGGUCGAUGUUGUAUCGCCACGCACAAUGCCGUCAGAAACCGAAGUUCACGUGGCGAGGAGCUUUCUCACCAAGAUUUUGCGAAGCUCUAUGAGGAAGAACCGCUUCAAAGGAAAGAAUGAUCCAGGCUCACGGCCCCAUUCCUGGCACUCGUCCAAGCUGACAGAGGAGGAGUCAGAGCCCGCAGGCAGAGAGGCCACCCCAGCACCGGUCUGGCAGCCAAAACAUGAAGCAAGGCCCAAAGAGUCGUCCACUCAGGGGGAACAGAACGCUCAGCGUCAGCUAACCAGUCAGUUCAGCUCAGUGAGCAACAUGGACAGACUGGACCGUCCCUCUCAUCCCUACCCACCAGGUCGUCUUUCCCCAACUAAAUACGUGAGCAGUGCUGAGCCGCUCUCUGGACAAGCAGGUAAAAGAGACUCUGGGUUCAGCUGUUUCUCCAAUGGCUCCAGUCCUCCUGUUCAUGACCAGAGCACAGCUGGCAGGAAGGGUACCAGCACUGAAAACAUUUUCUUCAAGGGCCUUCAGAGCGAAGGGUCUCAGCAGGCUGGACGGCCCAGGUACCUCCAGGCGACGCUAGGGAGCGGAGGCUGGGAGGGGUCACGGGCAGAGGAGCAGCCUGCCUCACGGGUUUCCAUUGCAGGGAGACCCAGCGUCGGCCCAGUGUGGCAGGUACCGGAGAAGAAGAAGUCCCAGUCUCCCCCUCCCCCACCUCCUCCCCUUCGCAGUGACAGUUUUGCCGCCACAAAGGUGUUCCCUUACUCUGAAGGACCUAGUGGUCCAACAAAGAGCCACGGCAGGUCAGCUGAAAAGCUGACUGAUAGUAACGACCAGAACGGCCUCAGGUCCCAUCAGGAGAAAACCUCAGAGGCCAGACGUAGCUUCAACCCCCUGCCCACUAAUGACUUCCUUCAUCCCAGCACAGGAUCUGACCACAACCAGCUGCACCCCAACAAACUCUUCUCCUUGUCCAGCAAUGAUGUCAGACAGUCUCACUACACCCAAGCACCUGCCCACCAGAGGCAAUACAGUGACGAAAGCCCCUUCUACCUGCAGACCAGGUCAGCUCCUCCCACCAAGACUCAGAGUGUCGGAAGCUACUAUCGUAGCCUCCAGGAUCUGCCCACAAAUGCCUUCAAACAGGUGAGGCACUCCACGGCAUCCAUGACAGGUUCUGCUGCAAACCCAAACCCGGACAGCGGGGGGCACAGCAGAUACUACGGCCCGGCAAGUAAGCAUUUGGUUCAGAUUGCUGAGCUCCGGGUCAGGCAGGGCAAAGCAGAGGCCCGGCGGGGGGAAACAGACCUCAGCCCUGGACAUAAGCAGACCUUACUGGAGCAGCACAGGCUGGGGACCUUCGCUGAGUACCAGGCCACAUGGAACAAGCAGAAAAAGUCAUCAGAGGCAAAGUACUCUCUACCUCAGUCCCAGAUGCCUUACAGUGAAAAGAAGGAGCGCAGUGGCCAUUCCCAUCUUGGGAAUGGCCUUCAUUAUGAUCACCAAACCUCUGAACAUGCUGUUCAAAGCCGGAGCCCAGAGGAUGCUGCAAAGAGAGUUGAGGGUCACACUGACAUGAAAAGACACUUUCCAACACAAGGUAAUGAUCAUAAGGUCACUCUGUCGAGGCAGCAAGACCCAUGGGUGCCUCAAGAAGACCACCGCAUAUCCCCCCUGAAAACCCCACUUCUCCACUCCCUGGCCCAAGAGAGUAGGAGUCUGGCUGAGAGGCAACCAGCAGCUAUAACCAUGGGUGUCAUGUCCACCCAGGACACUGGUGACACUACGGCCACCAGCAGUGGAAAAGCGAAUCGUCGCAGUGACCGUUACGCCACUACCCUCCGCAAAGAGAUCCAGCAGAAACGAGCUCAGCUGCAAAAGAGCCGCAGCGCUGCAACCCUGACAUGUGAUCCAGAGGAUGAGGAGGUAGAGGAGUGGAGAUCCACAGAGACCGCUACGUCUUCUGGUGUCUCCUUUUCCAACACCUACAAGGACCACCUGAAAGAGGCACAGGCCAGGGUCCUCCAGGCCACCUCCUUCCAGAGACGAGACCUAGAGCCCCUUGGACCAGAGGCACCGGUUGUUAAAACCUCCAAUGGACGCAUCAGAGGACGGAAGCGCUUCCCCCUGGCAAAGAGGACACACUCCUUCUCAGAGCCUGAUAAAAUAGAUAAAGUGGGACUGGAGGGAGAGUCUCAAACAGGGUCCUUCGGAGAGCGGAGGAAGUUCUUUGAGACCAAACCGGCAUUUUCCAGACCUGUGCUGAAGUCCAGUCAGGGUACAAACCUGAACGCAGACCUUGGUGAAACAGGCAAAGUAAAAGAGAGAACUCCCUGUGGAGAGCCUGAGGAGGCUCAGCCAUCCACAGACCAAAACCACCUCAGCCCUGGACAUAAGCAGACCUUACUGGAGCAGCACAGGCUGGGGACCUUCGCCGAGUACCAGGCCACAUGGAACAAGCAGAAAAAGUCAUCAGAGGCCAAGACGCAGGGGAGGUAUCACUCUGCAGAGAAUAUCUUAGAUGCAGAUGCAGAGGAGAAGGCCAUCUGCAUACACGAGAGAUCCAGAUCUUCCCCCUCUGCAGAUUUCUAUACACAGAAUAUUGCUUCGUCGUGGAGAGACACUCGGGCCCAGCAGAGCACCAGAGGGAAGGCAGAGGACAGGCUGCGACACCAGCCUGACGAGGGCCCAGUCCCAGGACUCUCUGACCACAGGACCAAACCAGACACUACCAGUCCCUCCCACACCGCACUCUCCUCAGGCCCUCGUAGCCUCAGUCCAAACCCUGCCUCCCAGCACCCAGCCCAGCCUCCACAAACCAAGGGCCUCCUGCCACCGCCCAGGCCCCAUUUAGGCCCAGAAACCACAUCCUCCUCUGGGGAAUUCCUUGCUGGCGCCCAGGCAGACCCGGCAGUGCUCCAGCCCCUGUCCAGCUCCAGCUCUGACACCCAGCAUCAUGCUACUACCCAGGGUUCCUCUGCUGGCCCCACCUCAGCCAGCUCCCCUCAUCUCAGCAGUACAUCCAGACCAGACAUGAGUAAAGGAGAUGUAGACACCGAGCAGAAGAGGGAGCAGCCACCACCACCACCACCUUCCCGCUCUUCAUCCCCAUUCUCCUCCUGGACGGCGGCUCUGCCUCUUCCCACGGCAGAUCGAGCGCGGUCUCCCUCGCCACAGUUUGCACCGCUGAGACUGACGGACAAGCCGCCGGCCGUGUUCCUGCAGGAUGAGUCACCGCUCAGCUCAGAAAAUGAGUCCAGGCUUGCAGAAGUGAUGGAUGUGAACAGUCCGGUGAGGAAAGUCCCCGUGAGGAUCGUCCACGCUGAGAGCAGCUCAGACCGGGAGGGGCGGGCCUACCUGCCUCAGAGCAGCGAGACCUGCAGCGUCUUCGAGCCGUCGGCCCACAUCCCCUGUCUGGGUGCUACAGAGCGCCCGGCCUCGUCCCUGUUCAGCACCUACACACGCCAGGCUGCUCAGGACCCGGGCCAGGCAUCGACAUCGGUCCCUGAACUGAACUCAGCAGGUGCUCGGUGCUCAGAAGAGGAUGUCAAGAGAGAGGAACUGGCCAGGGACAUCAUGGGUAAAGACAAGUCCCUGGUGGAUAUCCUUGACCAGAGCGGCAGGAAGACCACCAUGGACCUCAUGGAGGGACUGUUCCCUCCAGAGGAGCAGAUCCUGGAAGGGGCCCACCAGCGGAGGAGGACCUCCGCCAGCUCCAGGCUGCCCACCUGCUCCCCCAGGAGCACGGACAGGAGGGAGGAGGACGGUGUGUCUCUAUCAGCAGCAGCCUCCCUGGUCCCCAGCUCCUCCUACUACAACACAUCAGCCCCCAAAGCCGAGCUUCUCAUCAAGAUGAAGGACAUGCAGGAGCAGCUGGAGGAGCAGGACUCUGAGGACGAGCUGGAUGUUGACCUGGCCAGUAAAAAGCAAGAGCUGAUCUCCAGCCUGGCGAGGAAGCUGGAGGUGCUGCGGGAGGCACGGAAGAGCCUGCAGGAGGACGUGGAGGACAACGAGACCCUGGGCCGUGAGGUGGAGACCACCGUGCAGCGCCUUUGUCAGCCCAACCAGCUCGACAAGUUCCGCAUGUUCGUGGGCGACCUGGACAAAGUGGUGAGCCUGCUGCUGUCGCUGUCGGGGCGGCUCGCCCGGGUGGAAAACGCCCUCAACAGCCUGGAGGACGAAGCCCCUCCAGAAGAGAAGCGCACCCUGUCCGAGAAACGCAAGCUGCUGAUGCGGCAGCAUGAAGACGCCAAGGAGCUGAAGGAGAACCUGGAUCGCCGGGAGCGGCUGGUUUCUGGCAUCAUGGAGGUCCACCUGGACGCAGGGAGCCUGGACGACUACCGGCACUUCGUCAAGAUGAAGUCGGCUCUCAUCAUCGAGCAGCGCAAACUGGAGGAUAAGAUCAAGCUCGGCGAGGAGCAGCUGAAGUGCCUGUUGGACAGUCUGCCGCUGGAGCAGAGGCUGCUGCUCUGACACGACUGGAGGAGGAUUACUAGACCUGAAGGUGCAGCAUGUAGCAUAUUAAUAUUAAUAUUAUUCCAAAUUAAUACUAAUAUAAUCAUUUCCCAUGUGGCCCUUUUUGAGCAAAUAGAGCCACAGGAGCUGAGAUACUCAAAGACUGGAUUGUGGUUCCCCCCCAGACAUCAGUGUGAGAAGGAAAAGACUUCGUGUGAGUCAAGUAUACACACACCAGACUGUGUCCCCAAACAGACUCAUGUGGUUGUGUCUUCGUCUUGCAGUGUCUCCAGCCUCCCUUUAAUAUUUGUGUUUCUGAGCUGUAUUUAAGUUGCAUCAUGAGCUCACACGUUAUUCAUGCAGCUGUCUGUGGCUGCAUUUCUAAUUAAUUAUCAUCGCGUGUGUUUAAAGUUUUAAAGUAAUGUUUUCUAGUAAUUUAUUGUAGCCUUUUUGAGAACGUGUCUGCAGAGAGGGGAAGUGUUUCCCCUGUAGUUUAAUUUCACUCAUGACGUACGACUUUUUGUUUUCUGAUGAAAUGAAACGAAGCGUCUGAUUGGAAGUCUGGAGUGGAACUCUUUGAUUCCUGUUAGAGGUGAAUGUCAUCACUGAGCUCAGUGCUGAUUUGUUGCUGAUGUUGCUCCCAGUUCUUUUCCAUAAGACACUGCUAAAAUACUUGGGGUGAUUUUUGUGACCUCACAGGUUUUCAUUGGUGCUUUUAGCUGAAGCUCCCGCCCACAAAUGUUUCUCACUGACUUUCUGUUGUCAGAGAGUGAAGGGACUGAGGUGCAGCUGGUGAUUUCUGUGGAGGUUAACCAAGACGUUAGCACUUUACUCUAUGGUUUGGUCCUUUUAGGGGAUUCUCUGCAUAUAUAUUUCUCUGAAGACGUGCCUACUGUAGCCUCCCAACACUGUGAUCUUCAUGGGCUGCCGUGGCCGUGCCCCUGGGU